AUGGCACGCAAAACUGUGAAAUGGGAUAAGCAGAGCCGUGCAAGGACGUUACGGAGCACUCAGCCCAGACUCGGGGACGCAAUAAAAGGACAGGGAGAUUUUCCUGAAGGUGGAAGACCGGGUAAGCAAGAAGGCAGAAGGAAGGAAAAGUAUUCAAAACAUGUGGAAAAGACGAGGAGACAAGAGGCCAUGCGUCUGCCCCCGCGACCAGGGGCAGGCAGCCAGGUGCUGCUCGCUGCUCCGUUCUCUGCAAAGCAAUCUCCCAUUCCCCCACUCCCACCGGAAGACACUCGAGUGUCCACUCUUCCAUCGGUAGCAGGAGCCCUGGAAUCUCUGCUGCGGUCUCCGCGCUCCGGCUCUCACAAGCUUCCCCGAGCCUACGUAGGCUGGAUUCUCUUCCUUCCAAAUCAAAACAACAACAGAAAGUCACGGGGUGAAACUGAAAAGGCCUUGAAGGGGCCCGUGGGUGUCUUGGGACCGCAGCGUCAGGGAGUCCUGGUCCCCGAGCCCGGGUCAGAGCCCAAGGACCAUCCGCCCGGACCUCCCAUACCCUUCGACCCCUCCAGACGCCCUCGACCGCCCUCGACUCCCGGCCCCUGCGACCCUGCCGACCCCGACCCCCAACCUCCCGGCCCCCUUCGAAACCUCCGGCCUCCCCUGACUCCCCAGCCCCCGACCUCCCCGACCCGCCGCCACACUCCAGCACGCGGGACGCGCCGACCCGCACGACCCCGAGUCCGCAGGCAGCGGCGUUACCUGCGGCGAGACGGUCCGUCCGGCCCGCCGCAGCGACGCGCAGGGUCAGGCGCUAGGACUCGGCGGGCUCCACGGCAGCCCGCAGCCCCCACCGCCUCCACGCCACCGCCGCCAACGCCGCCGCCGCUGCAGCCCGGAGGAGGGGCGGGGCCCGGACCCGCGGCUGGGGAAGCCCGACCGUCGCGGCCGCGGGAGUCGUCGGGAACCUAG